ACAGCUGAGACAUGUUUUCAUUAAACCUCAUGAACAGGGAGCCACUGCUCCACUGCCUGAUGUCUGUCUAACUUGGUUGUUUGCUGUGGAAGUAUCAGAACCCCUGAGCUGAAGUUCUCUCUAGAGCUUCAGCAGCAAAUAUGUUUGCUUGAGUCUGUGUGUUUAGUUUUAUUCUCUGUCAAUUUUUUUUUCUAAUGAGUAGGUUGAUCCUACAGUUGUUUUAACUGCCAGACCUAGGUUUUUUAAUAGUGUAGGUUAAUAGAGUGGCUGUAGUCUGUCACUUUUUUUUUGUCAAUUUUCCCAUUUGAGUGAGUGUGGGGUCAUGAAGGAAGAAAUUGCUGCAGCUGUGUUUUUCUUUGCCCGUCUGGUGAAGCGAUACGGUUGUCUGGAUAUUGAGGGCAGGAAACGGUUUGCUGCUGCGCUCACAUCGGUUCUCUUUGAAAACUACAAGAACCAUUGGCACCCAAAUGCACCCACUAAGGGACAGGCCUACAGGUGUCUACGUAUGAACCGUGUUCAGCUGCAGGAUCCGGUGCUGCUUCAGGCCUGUGAGCGUGGUAUGGUGCAUUAUGAGGAUCUGGGCCUGCCCCAGGAGGUGACGGUGUGGGUUGAUCCCGGAGAGAUUUCCUGCAGGUACGGCGAGCACAGCACACCAUUCUGCAUCUCUGUAGUAGACCGCUGCCGUCAUGAUGGGGAGUUUUCCCGCCGUGUUCAUGAUGCAGUGGAGCGAGCGUGCUUUGAUGUCUACUCGGGAAGCUCCUCAGAUGAAGAGGGCAGUGGAGAUAACAGCAUGAGCAGCAGCAGUAGUGGCAGUGUAGGCAGUGGCCUGUCAGGUUUCUGCCCUGCUCCAGUCCAUGUUCCCAACCCAGAACCUAAAUCUAUCCCAACUGUCAGCAACCCCAACAGUGUGUACAGGUUCAGUGAGUUUUCUUCUGGUGCUCCUCAAGUCUGGCUCAGGGACAAGAGAAAAGCCUUCCCUGGGGAUACAUUUCCUUAUCACCCUCCUCCAACCGGAGGUCCAGCCUCCUAUUUCACAGGCCAGAAAGGCUUCAAGAACUAUCGGGCAUCAUUCACUUUUACCGGACCUCGUGUUGACAAGUACCACUGGGUCAGCAAGUCCAGAUCUUAGAACCAGCCCUGCAGCUGUCCAAUGUGCGUUGAAGAAUAAGGCAACAAGGACAAUCUUUGAAUGUUUUUUUUUUGUUUGUUUUUUGAUUCAUAAAGAAUUUAAAGUAAUAUGGUUUAUAAAGUUAUGCUGUUUAAGCAGGUUUUUAAACUUAAAAAAUGUGUUUUUAACUAACCCCUACCUUCUAAAUAAGUUUUUAAAUUUAAAGAAAGUGUGAAUAAAGUAACAUUGUACUGUCAUUGAAAAGAAAUAAAUACCUUUCAGCUCAGCUGC